UUCUCUUGUUUUGACAGUUGUUUAUAAAGUACUUGAAAAAAUCUACCGGUUUAUAUUCUAAUAAACCGUGUUUUUAUCCUUUAUCAUUUUCAAUCAAAUACAGUGAUUAAUUAAAUAAAACGUGGCUCUAAGUACUAAAUGAAUUGCGAAUUUAUGUUAAGUGGGUGGUAGUUGAAAAUUUACUGGAAAAAUGAAAAACUUGGUCUCAGUUUUCUUGUGUAUAAGUUUGGUGUAUGGCUCAAAAUUUGAUGAAGAAUCUUGCCAGAAAUAUGCUGGAGGCACUGUUUAUCCACAAACUGAUACAGUGAAGGAGAUACAACAUAAUUUGCAAUUCACAAAAGCAGUUAUUUCAAAACCAGCUCCUUAUUGGGAAAGUACUGCUGUGGUUAAUGGCAAAUUUGUUCAACAAAAAUUGACUGAUUUUCUAGGAAAGUACUUGGUAUUUUUCUUUUAUCCUUUGGAUUUUACUUUUGUGUGCCCAACAGAAAUUUUAGCUUUCAGUGAUAGAAUAGAGGAAUUCAGAAGGAUCAACACAGAAGUGGUAGCCUGUUCUGUUGACUCCCAUUUUACUCAUUUAGCAUGGAUCAAUACUCCUAGAAAAGAAGGCGGAUUAGGAAAGAUUAACAUUUCACUCAUUUCUGAUCUAAAUCACAGUAUCUCCAAAAAUUAUGGUGUAUUCCUUGAUGAUUUGGGACACACUCUUAGAGGGUUAUUUAUUAUUGACCCUAAAGGAAUACUACGCCAAAUUACAAUGAAUGAUCUGCCAGUAGGUAGAAGCGUUGAUGAAACUUUAAGGCUUGUACAAGCAUUUCAGUAUACUGAUAAGCACGGAGAAGUAUGUCCAGCUGGCUGGAAACCUGGACAGGAUACAAUUAUACCUGACCCAGUAGAGAAACAAAAAUACUUCAAGAAUCAUUAAACUUAUUUUUAAGUGUAAUUAUUAAUUAUACCUAUAUUAAUCACAAUUGGUAAUUUAAAUAUUUAUGACGCGAACUUUUUAUUGUCCACUAAAACUGUAACAUCACCUUUGUUAUAAAUAUACUAAUAACUUUUUAA